AUCACUUCUAUCCGAAGCCUCGUCCGCGGCCAUGUCUUGGCUCCACCGCAACCACCCCAGAACUCUGGCGCAUAACCUUGACUCUUUCGGGGGAUUAUACGCCAUUGUCAAGAUUCUCUACGGCCUUCUCCUUCCGCAGGACCAGCAGGAGACUGAGGUGGAGGAGAUGGAGGAGAAACACCGCCAGAGAUACGACCGCGAUCCGCAUUACAAGUCCUUGCACGACCGCGCUAUGGAUAUUUUCGUGGAGCGGCUCAAGUCCGAUAUUCAAAAGAUGCAGCAGAACAAGCUGGAACUCAAGCCUUCUGAUUAUUUAACUGAUGACGACGAUCAUGACGAGGAUGAUUCUCGGGAACAUGAUUCUGUUAUACGUCCUAUUGAUGCUGAUGCUUUUGCUGAUCUCUACGUCUCCGAGGCCGCAGACUGUUUCCUCACCACAUUCCCCUCCGACGCCCAUGCCAUCCGCGCCAUUGCGCUUCGUGAAAGCACUGCCAGGCGGCUCUUCCCUUUGGUGUCGCAAUCGCAACAACCAGAUCAAUCAUCAAAGGAGGAUGAUCAGUGGGAGCGGCUGAGGAAGGAGUUCUUGGCGCCCUUGCAGAAGUACUACAAGCGUCAGGGCAGGUUCAACCCGAGACGGUGGGGUGUGGAUAUUAAAUAUUUGGAGCAGGUGAAAGCCUCAGCAGCAUCAGCUAGCAAAGGCAAUUUAAGCUGCGUCAUAGAGCCCGAUGCUUUGCUUCCACAUUUUAUCAUACGAUAUUUGCAAGAUGCGAAUGUUGGGGAGGCGGCUGAGCUUCAGUGGAAUGCAUUGCUGCGCAAGCACAAGGAGGGUGCCAAAUUCAGAAACUGCUUCGCUGUAUGUAACAUGGACAGAAUUAUGGGCGGGGCUAGGGAAUUGAUUGCGAGUUUGGGACUUUUUGUGAGUGAACUGAAUGAAGAGCCAGCCUGGAAAGGAAAGCUGAUCAGUUCCGCUCCUCUUCCUGCUGCUGCCGGGGACGACCACGCUCUGUUAUUUUGUUUUCGUCUUCCUCAUCUGUAUUCAGUACCCCGCAACGAUGGCCUAAGGUCCAAAUUAUCUUUUUUGAAGGGAAUGGAUGGCUGCCUGGUAGUUCAUUUGCAAAAGGUGUUUGAUUUGAUUCUCCAAGUGACUGUCAAUGAGAAUUUGAAGCCAGAUCAGAUGAUCCAGAAGCUCUUUAUCUUCGACGACGACAUGGGCCCUGAUUUUUUUGAUGGCGCGGCCUGGGAGACUCAGUACGAGGCCAUAAGGACCAUGUUUAAGGACAAAGGGUAUGGGGAUGAUGCGGUGCCUCACAUUCUGUUUUGGGAUAUUUGGUGCCGGGAAUUGCCUUCAAUCGCUUUGCCUUGUCCAGGGGUGACGCUAUUGCGUGGCAGGUCUAAUAAUUUGGUCAGGUCCUUCUUGGAGAAUGGUGGGGAUAUUGGCCCGCACCAUGUCAUGGAAGCAGCCUUCUCGGACGAACAGUUUCAAGCUCUAGCUGUUGUGGACUGAUUUGCUCACUUGCUCAUCGUGGACUCCGUUGGCAACUUGGCAUUGUCAUUGGGUUGAUGCUCUAUGUUCCGUUCGCAUUCAUCAUCUUGUACUUGACAAAAAUUCCUGAUCUCUCCCUCUUAGUUGUUUCUUUGCUCGCUAGCUACCAGUAUUUUCUGCUCCGAAUUUGAAAACUAUUUGGUAUAUUAUGUAUUUGGGAUUCAUUUACUGAAAUUAAGCUUAUUCAGUUUUUAAUUUUACGUAUAAUCUUUUAGUUAGGGAUGUUAUUCCUUUCUUUGUUUCAAGUUUGGACCAAAUUAAUUAAGGAAGCCUUCGCCAUUUGUUA